AGUCAGCCUUGGCACACAGCAGAUGUUUCUAGCUUCUUCAUUUAACACUAGACUCCAAAACCAUAUCGAUCUUACAUAAAAACUGUUAAUGAUAUCUGAACAGCUCAGUAUGGAUGAUCUUCAUCUUCAUCUUCACCUGCAGACAGUCCAACAUGGCGUCUGAUGCGUCUCCUCCAGGUGAUGAUGAGGUGAAGGAGAGGAGGAGGAAGAAGAGGAGGGAGCGGGAGGUGAGGAGGAAGGAGGUACAGGAUGUGGACAUCGAGGAGUUAACAUCCGCUGGUCACAGAGCUCUGCAGGAGGGACGGACUGAAGAUGCUCUGAGCUACUUCAACAACGCUCUAAAGGCUGCAGGACAGCUGCAGGACUCUCGGGUCGUCCGGGCCUGUUCCUUUAACCUUGGUGCAGCCUACGUGGAGGCGGGACAGCCUAAGAAGGGUCUGGACCUCCUGUGUCAGGCUCAGCCUGGUCCGAAGGCCGACCGGCUCCCAGACCUCCAGUUCAACCUGGCCCUGGCCCACAAUGCACUGGGGCAGAGCCAAGAGGCAUCUGCCUACUUCCUGCAGGCAGCUCAGCUGUACAGAUCGCAGGGAGACGGAGGCAGCGAGGGAGACGCCUGCAUGGAGAUGAGCCGCUGCUACAGCAGAGCACAGGACUGGUCUCUGGCGGUUCAGGGUUUCCUGAGGGCUGCAGAGAGUUACAGAGUGGCAGCCAUGUUGGAUUCUGCAGCCACUGCCCUCAAAGAGGCAGGAAGUCACAUGCUCCAAUCAGAUCAGUUCAGUCAUGAUGACAUCAUUGGCGUGCUGGCAGAGUGUCUGAGUUUGACAAACCGCAUCACCGACCCGAGGAUUCUGGGUGAGCUGUACCUGUCAGUGGGCGUGUCUUACUGUCAGCUCAGGUGUUUCCAGGAGGCGGUGCAGUGUUUCCAGCAGGCUCUGGGCCCCACAGCUCAGCAUCCCCCUCUGUUGGCCAAAGUGCUGCACAACCUGGGAGCCGCUCUGAACUCUCUGGGCCAGUUCACACCUGCUGUGGAGUACCACAGGCUGGCUGCUGGACUCUACGGCUCUCUGGGUUACCGUGGCGACCAGGCUCGGUGUUUCAGUAACCUGGCGUUUGCCUGCAGUCAGCUGGGUGAUGAAGAGGAGGCAGCAGAGAGCUUCUUGCACGCUCUGCAGGGAUUCAGAGACACAGAGGACCACAUGGCUCAGGUUCAGGUGUGUGAGUCGUUAGCCGAGUGUUUCCUGAAGCAGAGGAAGCAGCACAAAGCUGUUCAGCUCUACAAACAGGCUCUGACGGCUCUGUCUCACUGCAAGGACAGUUCUGGUGAUGUUCGGGAUCGACUGGUGGAGGGUCUGACGGCAGCUCUGCAGCAGAGCGUGCAGAGGCCACGCCCACCAAGACCACACCCUUUCAGCCCACCUGUCAGACAGCAGAUCAGGAAGAGUGAUGUCACACAGAGUCCAGGCAGAGCGUCCAAUCAGCAGCCACACGAUCAGAGGGGGGAGGGGCAAGGAUCACAGCAGGAGGCCACAGGUAGACAGGAAGCAGCAGAGCAUUCUGGGUCAGCAAGAGAUGGAGCCACUGAGGGACCUGAGUACAUGAACAUGGCACCUGGACUGCACAGUUUAGACCAGUCAGACCAGUCAGACCGGCCUCACACUGACAGUGAAACCUCAUUGGUCCAGGAGGCAGCAGCUCCGCCCACCAGCCCAGGUGGCAUCAGAGAGACCACAGCUCUUGUGGCCAGGUGGAAGUCUCGGUUCUGUUCACUGAUCUUCAAGAGUGUUGAGAGCAUCGAAAACAUAGAGAGCAUCAAGUACAUCAAGAGCAUCAAGAUCAACAAGAGCGUUGAGAAAUUUAGAGCAUCAAGGUUCUUCGGGGUUCUCUGUGGGUUCCUGAACAGAGAACAUGAAGAAGAGAAACAUUCAGAGCUGCUGAUCAGGAUGUCAGGUAACUGGUCCCCCUCUCCCAACACCUCCCAGUUCCCCCCUCUCACAGACUGGGAAGCCCCCACCUUCACCCGCGCUGCUCAGUUCCGCGUCGGAGCCACCUUCAUCCUCUUCCUGUUUGCUGCCUGCAGUAACCUCGCCCUAUUUGCCAGCGUGUGGUGUGGGCGUGGUCGGCGUCUGGCGUCUCACCUGCGGCCGCUAAUGUUGAGCCUGGCGUCAGCUGACCUGAUGAUGACAUUUGUGGUGAUGCCUCUGGAUGCCGUGUGGAACGUUACAGUGCAGUGGUAUGGAGGAGACGUGCUCUGUAAGCUGCUCUGCUUCCUGAAGCUGUUCGCCAUGCACGCCUCUGCCUUCAUCCUUGUUGUCAUCAGCCUCGAUCGCCAGCACGCCAUCCUGCACCCGCUGGACGCCCUGAACGCGCACCGCAGGAACCGACGCAUGCUGCUGCUGGCCUGGAGCCUCAGCCUGGUGCUUGCAUCACCACAGCUGUUUAUCUUCCGGACGAUCAGGGUGGAGGCCGUGGACUUCACUCAGUGUGCCACUCACGGCAGCUUCAGCUACCGCUGGCAGGAAACUGUUUACAACAUGUUUCACUUCAUCACGCUGUACGUCGUCCCCCUGCUGGUGAUGAGCUGCUGCUACAGCCGCAUCCUGCUGCACAUCCACCUGCAGCACCUGAGAGACAAAGCAGGUGAGUCGUACCUGCGUCGCAGUGGCACUGACAUCAUCCCAAAGGCUCGCAUGAAGACUCUGAAGAUGACUGUGGUCAUCGUGCUGUCCUUUGUGGUGUGCUGGACUCCGUACUACCUGCUGGGGAUUUGGUACUGGUUCCAGCCCGACAUGUUGCGUGUCACACCUGAGUACGUACACCACGCCCUCUUCCUGUUUGGGAACCUGAACACCUGCUGCGACCCCGUCAUCUACGGCUUCUACACGCCAUCCUUCAGGGCUGACCUCGCCGCCUGCUGCCGCAGGACGAAGAGUGACGCUUCGCUGCGAUCUCCAGACAGACUGUCUGCCAGGCAGGAUCCUCACAGCGCGGAGCAUGAGGCGGACCCCGCCACCAACAACCAGCCUGCAGGAGACUAACAGUAGCCAAUCAGAGGACAGAAGUUAAAUGAUGUCACAUUUUGUACCUGAACACUGUCAAAGUGUGGAAACUGGAUCAGCUGAAGGCGGAUCAGGACUCUGAGUCUUUCAGCGGGACAAAAACCUCUUUAUUAUGAUUCUGUUUCAGAGAGACUUCAACCAAUUGAUCAGUUUUACAGGAUCGAUUAUUGAUUUUAUUCCCAUUUAGAGUCAUUUGAUCAAAAUAAAAGCAGAUCUGUGAGACUGAUUCUUUUCCUGUAAAUCUGACCUCCACUGGUUUAAAAGAAUACCUCAUCUGCAAAAUGAUCACAUAUAAAACAUUUACUCACCCUGUUACCUUGAAGUCAUGAAGAAACUCGAGAUGUCAGUGUUUCUAUAGUCUCACAUAAAGCUGCUCUGCACUCAAACACCAUUUUAUAUUGUUCUUGGUAGUAGUAGUCAUAGUAAAUGUAAAAAACAGUUGAAUGUUCAUUGUCAAGUUAAAAAUACAUAAACAAGGUUUUCUCCUCACUUCUACAAGAACCCACGUGACCGAUUCAGUUACUGUGUUGUCUAUUUCUCACCUGAAAUGUCUCCAGAAAUAUAUUU